UUGCUGGGGCGACGCUCUAGUCUGCCUCUUCUCCGUGGUCAGGCUCCCUUCUAGGCGUUGCUGAGCUCUGUGGUGCUCACCUUCUCGCCGUCGCCGCCGGCUGAUUCUCCGGAGUCCGCAGCCGGGUCACAGGUAGCUUCGUUCGAUGUCCAUUCUCAGCCCAGCUGUGCCGGCGCGAGGCGGCCGCGACCUCAGAAUGAACAGAUACCUGACAGCUCUGUAUUAAUUCUUUGUUGCCUAAAAGCAUCUCCUUUCCCUUGCAAUACCUUUGAGAACCGUUUUGAAAAAUGAGCUGAAGAUCAUUUGUGCUAAGUGGAUAUAAAGUUCACUCUAGGAACGCUCUAAUGGAUGACAGGGAAUCUCCUACAAAUGACCUGCAGUUAACUUUACAAGGCUCACUUCGUACCGACACACUUGUGGAAAAGAUCAAAACUUGCUUAGCUUCUUCACCAGAUGAAAAUGAAAAUCAGCUUAAUGGAAGCAAGCACGAUACUCUGAAAAGCAGUGACGACACAAUGGGAAAGGUUGAGCAGGACAGCAUUAAUAAUAAUGAGGACAGUGGAGACUACACGUCCUCCUGCCAAGAAGAUGAAAGCGAUAAGCCAUCUAGAAUCUUCGCUGCAGAUGAAAUGCUCAUUUUAGAAAAAGGUGACUCUGAAAAAAGGAGUUCAAGGAAAACAAAAAGUUCCAGCAGGAAAGCAGCCAAGCAAGAGAAGACUGGCAUAACAGCAACAGGUUCUACAUCAGAUGAAGAUGGAAACAAGACCAAUGCAAACUUUCCCCAAAAUGAUCCAACCCAGACUUUGCAGGCCCUCUUCUCUCUUCUUCGAGAAGAAUUUGAGCAGAUGGAUUCAAGAGUCCUUCCCCUGUGCCUCCAUGAGAUUGCUGAAACGUAUUUUCAAGAUGGAGAAUACGAAAAAGCCAUGAAAUUUAUUCAGCUUGAACGGUUAUAUCAUGAGCAACUACUUGCAAAUCUUUCUUCUAUACAACAACAGUGGGAAAAAAAAUGGAAAGCGGCAGCAUCUAACAAGGUUCCAGCUCUAAAACGUUCUGCUAAAGUCCUGAAUAAUGAAGAGUUUGACAAACUUGCUAAACUUUGCACAUCACAUCAAGAGCCGCUGGUCUUCCGAAGCAAGCUAAUAAGUAAAGAAAAAUCCCUGAAACGUGAGAGUUUCAUAGGGUUAAGGAUAUCUGAAGAUCUUAAGGAAAGAGGUGCUGCUGCAUGUGAUUCAGAUACUCAGACUUGGCCUGGCACUGAACCAAAGAAAGAGAACAAUCACAAAGAGAGUGAGAGGUGUGAGAGCUUCCAACCCGAAAAGCGUCAUAGGCUUGAAGAGAAGGCAAGUCUUCGACUCUCUGUGGGGAAGCACCACAUGGAGGAGGAGCGCUGCAAUGCUGAAUCAACGCUGGAGCCACCCACCCGGCCCACAGAGACACUGGGCACGCCUCAGCCAGGCUGUUUAUCUACAAAGGAUGCUAGUGAAGAUGACAGUCUGCAGCCAAGAGAAGAGCAGUUCUCUGAGGAUGUAGCAAAAAUAGAAGCAGCUGCUGAGGAGCCUGCAGCAGAGUGCUCUAGUGAGCCAAUGGUAGACACAUUGGUUUUGACAGAUGCCGAUUAUAUGCCUCCUGAUCUAAUUUCCUCAGAUGAAACUGUUCAGCCUGAACAAAACUUACUCAGGUCAGCUGGUUCUGUUGUGAUUUCCAGUACUCAGUUGGGGAGCAACGUAUUAAACAAGCACCAGCAACAGACAGCUUAUGGAAGUGAUAGGAAAUAUGUGCAGGGCAGAACAUCAGACAUUACCAGGGAUGCGCACACUGAAGGUAACAUGCCUGAACUGGACAGUGUUCCAUAUGAAGGGAUACAGGAAGAAACAGCAGUACUGGAAGAGGAACGUGAAAAUGAAGACCCAGAAGACCUCUUUGAUCGGUUUUUUAAUGGUUGCAUAACAGACAGAGAGGAGUCCCUUAAAUGCCUAGCAAGCCAAGGGGACUCUGAAAUUCUUCCUCAUAUGCCUCCUGAACAAGCACUUUAUAGUUCAUCGGAAGGUUAUUCACUGGAUGAAAGCUUUUCUUCACUUGAUGAAAUUGCAAAACGAAUAGAGAUUGCAGAGACUGUUCCUGCGGAGGGGCUUGUGUCAAUAUUAAAGAAGAGAGAUGACAGUGAUGCUCAGAUCCAGCGGAGAGAGUCUAAAAGAAGAGUAAGAUUCCUAGAAAUGGAAGACACAUUUGACCAAGAGGAAGUUGGAGGUGGCUCCUGUGUUCUGCUGAUCUUAUUGUGCGUAGCAACUGUAUUCCUUAGUGUUGGAGGAACUGCGCUGUACUGCACGCUUGGUGACACAGAAUCUCCUGUAUGUAUUGACUUUGCCGCCAAUAUGGACUUUUAUUAUACCCGAAUAGUGCAGGGUGUAGAGGAACUUAAGCACUGGCUAUCCUUCACAUAGAAGAAAUUGCUGACAGCUCACUGACAAUUGU